AUCAGACGUGGAUAUCCUCUGUAAUCUUUCAAGAUGAUACGAGCUGAGCACUUUAAAAUUAUCUUUCAAGUUAUCAAAGACGUGGUUCCUGUCCUCACGAGCGGGAUUCUAACCGUGGUACUCUUAUCGUGUGUCGUGUUCGGCAUCCAAACAUACUUCAACUUCACUCCGGAAGUGUUCAGUGUUGGAGCCACUGUGUUUCAACAUGGACACCUCCACAGGCUCUUGAUGUACCCUUUUUAUCACAAAACCUCUACUCAACUUCUCCUGAAUAUCACAGUCCUGAUGUUUCUCAGUGGCAGUUUUGAGAAAGGUGUUGGCACUGUCCGCUUCCUGUUUUCGUUCCUCCUGCUGUCGACCACCACAGGCUUGUUUUACAGCUUCCUGGAUCUAAUGCAGGAUGACAGCAGCCAGAGUCACGCCGAGGGGUUGGUUCCUGUUGUCCUGGCAUGUGUGGCUCUAACUACCAUGCACACAAAAAUGACUAAAGGAUUCCUGUGUGGAGUCAGUUUCCCCACCAUGGCUCUCCCUUGGCUGCUCCUCAUAAUCACAACUGCCCUCAUACCUCACAGUGUGCUUCCCUGUAACAUUAUUGCCAUCCUGGUCGGGUGGAUGUAUGGGAAGGGAUGGUGCUCUCGUCUGGACAUGUCGGAGGCCAGGGCUGGCGCUCUGGAGAAGAUGAUGCCUUUCAGGUUGUUGAGGAGCAUCAGGGGUGUCCAGUUUGUCCCUGCUUCCACAGAGGAGAGGAGGAAGACCCUCCUUCCGCUAAUCAACCCAACACCUGGGUCCUACCCGGUGCAGGCUUACGCGCCGUUGUCCAGCAUAAGCAAAGCCAAUGCUGCAGCCAAUGUUUACGAAGGCUGGUCGAAUUCAACAGAUGCACUUUCCAGCCCGGCACCACCUCUUAAUCCUCAUGUCCAUAGCUCGGCCCAUAGCUUUAGGCCAAGUCAUGAACAUGGUUCAGCACAGAGUUUUGGCCAAAGCUGCAACCACAACCAUAGUCACAGUCAUGGCCACGGUCACAGUCAUGGUCACGGUCACAGUCAUGAUUAAUUAUAGGAAUGAUUAUUUAUUUGAUUGCUUUACAACACUCCAACCAUACAGAUGAGCCUUACUGUCAGGCACCGGCAGCAUCUCUCGUCAGCAGGACUUCUAAAGGGCUAAAUGCUUGGACACAUUAAGCUGAUUUUACAUCAGGGUUAACAGUAUUUUUAGACUGUGCCUGGCUGUAGCCUGUAUUUAAAGGACAUGUCUCUGAAUGUUUGAAUGUUAUGGGAGAAUUGUGUACAUACAUUUAAAAAUAUAUAUACUUUUGUACUAUAUUUGCUCAUUUCUACAAAUAAACUGUGUGCAAAACAAA